UCUUUCAAAAUCUCAAGUAUUCCGGGCUUCGGUACAGUCUUCAUUGCAAUUGCACACCAGUGCUCUAAGUGCCGCUGUUGAUCAAGUUGGUGAGGUUUUAAACACUCCUACUGUAGGCCCUCCCUUCUGUAAUUUCGCAUCACACAGACAGGCAAACAGAAGUACAUGAAAAUCGCUCAGCACUAUCACGGGACAUAAGGCACUCUUCCGCAGAACGGUCGCGAUUAAGGCCAGUUGCUGGUCUUUGCAUAUCCGAAAUUCAACUGUGUAUCGAAAAUAAAGCCAUCGAAUUUGUAAUUUUUUUACAUUUAGGGAACGAAGUAUGAUAUUUCUUUGUUCUACUGGCGCUCCUGGAUGCGUGACUCGGGUGUGGACAUGGCAACUGCACAUUAUGCUAUUCUACGUCUGCGCCACAAAGAUGGCAAGCGCACAGGUCCGCUAUUCGAUUCCCGAGGAAAUGGUGAAGGGUUCAUUUGUGGGGAAUAUUGUCCAAGACCUGGGUUUGGAAAUAAAACGACUCCAGUCGGGGAGGGCACGCAUUUUUACGGAAGACAGUCGUGAGUAUAUCGGUCUGAAUUCUGAUAAAGGCACUCUGGUGGUGAAUGAAAGGAUUGAUAGAGAGGAGCUGUGUGCUCAGGUGUCUCCGUGCUCAUUACAUUUCCAGAUAAUUCUUGAAAAUCCAAUGGAGCUGCACCGCGUAACUGUAGAAAUAUUAGACAUUAAUGACAAUGCUCCAGUUUUUGCAAGAAAAGAAAUCAAUUUUCACAUUAGUGAGUUCGCUGUCUCUAGUGCUCGAUUCUCGUUAGACAGUGCAGAAGAUCCGGAUGUUGGUGUAAAUACGCUUCAGACAUAUGCGCUUAAUCCGACAGAUAAUUUUAAACUGAAAAUUCUUUCCCGGCUUGAUGGUAGCAAAUAUGUAGAAAUGGUUCUGCAGACCGCGCUAGACAGGGAAAAGCAAGAACAGCAUAAAUUAAUCCUAACAGCCUAUGACGGUGGCAGCCCUCAGAAGUCCGGCACAGUGAAUAUAAAUAUUGCAGUUCUGGAUGGAAACGACAAUGCACCAAUAUUUAGCCAAGCCAUGUAUAAGACUUCUUUGGCUGAAAAUGCAUUGAAGGGCACUGCCGUUUUGACAGUCACCGCCACUGACGCAGACAAAGGAACAAAUGGAGAGAUUAUCUACUCGUUUUCUCACGGUGCAGAUCGCGCUUCAGAUCUGUUUAAUAUAGACUCCGAUACAGGGGAGAUCACAGUGAAUGGUCCCGUAGAUUUUGAAAAAUCUAAACAGUAUGAAAUAAAUGUAGAAGCAACGGAUAAGGGAGGGUUCACGGACACCAGUAAAGUGCUGAUUGAUAUUAUUGAUGUGAACGACAAUGCUCCUGCAAUUACAAUAAUGUCCUUUUCGAACCCGAUACGGGAAGACUCGGUACCAGAGACGGUAAUAGCAAUGAUCAAUAUAAAGGAUUUAGACUCUGGGAAAAACGGAAAAGUUCGGUGUUCCAUUAACCAAAAUUUACCGUUUCGAGUUAAAUUGACGUCUACAAAUGUUUACACUUUGGUCACAGAUGAGGUGUUGGACCGCGAGAAAGUUUCCGAAUAUAAUAUAACAAUCACAGCUACGGACGAGGGAUCCCCUCCAUAUUCUUCUAACAAGACUGUAGUUCUGAGAAUAUCAGACGUCAAUGAUAACGCGCCCACGUUUGAGCAGCAGUCAUACACCACUUAUGUUUUUGAGAAUAACGCUCCAGGGAUUUCCAUAUUUGCAGUGAGAGCCAGCGACAGUGAUUCUGGCAAUAAUGCACGUCUUUCAUAUUUUCUGGACGACAACCCAGUCAACGGGGUGACAUCAUCGAUGUAUAUUUCAGUAAAUGCAGAGAGUGGUACAGUUUACGCAGUGCGUUCUUUUGAUUUUGAACAAAUAAAGGAAUUACAAAUUCGUUUGAAAGCUCAGGAUGGGGGGUCUCCGCCUCUAAGCAGCAAUGUCACUCUGAACAUCGUAAUUAAGGACCAGAAUGAUAACAUACCUCAGAUUCUGUACCCAGUACAAACUGGUGUCUCUCAGGUUGCAGAAAUUGUGCCUCGUUCUGCGGAAGUUGGCUACCUUGUCACUAAAGUGGUCGCUGUUGAUGUGGACUCUGGACAGAAUGCCUGGCUCUCGUACAAACUGUUGAAAGCGACAGACAGGGCGCUGUUUGAAGUGGGUUUACAGAAUGGAGAAAUAAGGACUUUACGCCAGGUCACUGAUAAAGAUGCUGUCAAACAAAGACUUACUGUAGUUGUGGAAGACAACGGGCAGCCCUCUCGCUCAGCUACAGUCAAUGUGAACGUGGCGGUGGCUGACAGCUUCCCAGAAGUGCUCUCGGAAUUCACUGACUUAACGCACGACAAGGAUUACAAUGACAACCUUACUUUUUAUUUAAUACUGGCCUUGGCUGUAGUUUCAUUUCUUUUUCUUGUCUGUAUUAUUGCCAUACUGUCCGUGAAAUGCUAUCGAUGGAGACGAGAAAGAUUGUUUUAAAUCCAAUGGAAAUCUUCCAGUUAUACCGUAUUAUCCACCGCUUUACGCAGACGCCGGUGGUACCGGAACUCUUCAGCGCGUGUAUAAUUACGAGUUGUGCAGAACUACUGACUCGAGAAAGAGCGAUAUGUCUGGCAGACCUUGCAGUCACAGCCUCAUUAGCCUGGACGCCUGUGGAACACAAACACUACCCCAUCUGCAAGAGAAGGGUGCCGAGGAUGAC